AGAAACAUUUUGUUUUUAUUUGUUUACUUUAUUUAAAUACAAUUUAAGUAUUAAAAAUAUUAAGCAAAAUGCUUCGGUAUUUAAUUAUCAAUAAAACUAUCCAAAAUUUGGAAAAUAAUCUAUUGGGUGUACAAUUUCUUCGUUGGAGAAGAAAACCUAGAUGGCUUCCAGUAGCUAAAAGUAAAGAAUUUAGAAUUCCGGAACGUCCAAAACAAUCAGAAGAAGAAAAAUUGGAAUUAAUGAGGUUGCAUAACCAAUAUAGAACUCAAAUGCGUUCAGUUCGUUCAUAUUUGAUUAAAGAAUGGGAAGCAAAUAAACAAAAAACUACUUCAGAUCAUGUUUAUAUUACACCAGAAGAAGCCGAAAAAGAAUUUCAAAUGAGAAUGCAAUUAAAUAAUGAAUGGAAUAAAACAAUAUCUAUUGAACGAGAGGAAAAGCUUCGUAUUGAAUUGAAAGCAAAAGAGGAACUUAUUAAAAAUAAAUUGGAAAAUGCAGAAUAUUACAUAGAAAGGAAACGGGAGCAAGCCCGGGAAGAAGUUUUAGAGCAAAUUGAACUAGCAAAAACUUUUAUUACAAGAGAAAAUUUAGAGGCUAAAAUUGAAGAAAUCCUAGCUAAUCCAGUCAAUCAUAAUUUCUGUGUUGAUUUAGAAAAGAAUAUUCAUAGAGAAAUGGACAAAAAUUAAAUUGUAUUUAAUUAUUGUAAUAAAAAUGCAAAAUAACUUUUUUAAAUCAAUAAAAUAUUUAUAAUUCUAACAUA